AUGGUAGACGAUUUAAUCCUUGCUCAGUUUACAACUAAAGGAGGAAAGGGACGAGUUGGCACCAUUCAGAAAUUCACCGUUCCCAGAAGCGCCCGCUACCUCAUCAAAGCCUGGGGAGCCCGGGGAGGAACACAUUCGUACAACUAUGGAUACAAUCCCGGAACUUACUAUGGCGGCAAGGGUGCGUACAUUGAAGGCAAGUUGAGACUGACUAAAGGAACAGUGCUGAAUAUUGUAGUGGGACAGAGAGGAGGAAACUCGGUGGAGGUGAAAGGAGGACAAAGUACUACCCAGACAGCAGCUCAGCUAGGACUCUCUGUAGAGGAAAAUGCUGGUACAGGAGGAGGGGGAGGAAGUUUUGUUUAUACUUCAAAUAGUGUGCUUUUAUUAGCUGCUGGAGGGGGCGGAGGUGCAUCUAGUGAAUAUAAUGGUGUGGAUGGUCAGGCGGGAACAAGUGGCACAAGUAGUGUGGGGAAAGAAUCAUUGAAAGUUCGGAAGGGAGGCACUGGGGGGCAGCCAGGUGAAUGCAACACUGCAGGUGGUAACUAUCAUGGAGGAGUGGGGGCGGACGACAGAAGAACAUUUACGAAAGUUUUAGGUGCUGAUGAAGACAAGGUGCCUCGUGAACAAACUCUAGGAAACGACAACAAAGAUGCCAUGUUGGACAGCAAUUUAAGUGGCUUUCAUCAGAGUGAAGAUAAACUUACUUAA